GUGGACAGGCCGCUGAAAAGAACCGGCUGCGGCCUGUACCAGGCUCCGCGGGCUGCUGCACUGCGAGGCCGAGGCAGCUAGUGAGAAGUUACGAAGGCCCUAAGGAGGGCCGGCUCGGAUGCUGGGCCCGCCUCCCCGCGGGAUUGUAGGCCCGGGGGCUCCGCCUGGUCCCGAGCGGCAGAAGUGAUGCCACCAAAAAGAAAUGAAAAAUACAAACUUCCUAUUCCACUUCCAGAAGGCAAGGUUCUGGAUGAUAUGGAAGGCAAUCAGUGGGUACUGGGCAAGAAGAUUGGCUCUGGAGGAUUUGGAUUGAUAUAUUUAGAGACACUGGCCAUUUUUCUCUCUCCAAUGCUUAGUGUGGAGUAAAGGCAGCUUCCCGCAAAUUUAUUUCAAGCAAGAGCAAUCGGAAGCUUCAACAUGUGUGAAAGAGGCGCACAGAGAACAUAGCUUCCAUUUCAGCUUUCCCCACAAAUAAACCACAGAAAGAUGCAAGACAUGUAGUAAAAGUGGAAUAUCAAGAAAAUGGCCCGUUAUUUUCAGAACUUAAAUUUUAUCAGAGAGUUGCAAAAAAAGACUAUAUCAAAAAGUGGAUAGAACGCAAACAACUUGAUUAUUUGGGAAUUCCUCUGUUUUAUGGAUCUGGUCUGACUGAAUUCAAGGGAAAAAGUUACAGAUUUAUGGUAAUAGAAAGACUAGGAAUAGAUUUACAGAAGAUCUCAGGCCAGAAUGGUGCCUUUAAAAAGUCAACUGUCCUGCAAUUAGGUAUCCGAAUGUUGGAUGUACUGGAAUAUAUACAUGAAAAUGAAUAUGUUCAUGGUGAUAUAAAAGCAGCAAAUCUACUUUUGGGUUACAAAAAUCCAGACCGGGUUUAUCUUGCAGAUUAUGGACUUUCCUACAGAUAUUGUCCCAAUGGGAACCACAAACAGUAUCAGGAAAAUCCUAGAAAAGGCCAUAAUGGGACAAUAGAGUUUACCAGCUUGGAUGCCCACAAGGGAGUAGCCCUGUCCAGACGAAGUGACGUUGAGAUCCUUGGCUACUGCAUGCUGCGGUGGUUGUGUGGGAAACUUCCCUGGGAACAGAGCCUGAAGGACCCUGUGGCUGUGCAGACUGCUAAAACAAAUCUAUUGGAUGAGCUUCCCCAGUCAGUGCUUAAAUGGGCUCCUUCUGGAAGCAGUUGCUGUGAAAUAGCCCAAUUUUUGGUAUGUGCUCAUAGUUUAGCCUAUGAUGAAAAGCCAAACUAUCAAGCGCUCAAGAAAAUUUUGAACCCUGAUGGAAUACCUUUGGGAUCACUGGACUUUUCCACAAAAGGACAGAGUAUAAAUGUCCAUACUCCAAACAGUCAAAAAGUUGAUUCACAAAAGGCUGCAACAAGGCAAGUCAACGAGGCACACAAUAGGUUAAUCAAAAAAAAAGUCCACAGUGAGAGAAGCACUGAGCCCUGUACAACGUGGAAAAAAGUGCAGAAAGAGGAGAAGCUGAUUGGAUUGAUGAACAAUGAAGCAGCUCAGGAAAGCACAAGGAUAAGAGAGAAAUAUCAAGAGUCUCAAGAACUUUUGAAUGAAGCAAACAGUUUCCCACAAAAAUUCAACUAUAGACAAUUCCCAAACUCAUUUUAUGAACCUCAUCAAGAUUUUACCAGUCCAGAUAUAUUCAAGAAGUCAAGAUCUCCAUCUUGGUAUAAAUACAAUUCUACAGUCAGCACGGGGAUCACAGAAAGUUCAACUGGACUUUGGCCUACAAUUUCCCAGUUUACUCUUAGUGAAGAGACAAACACAGAUAUUUAUUAUUUUGGCAUCAUCAUACCUGUCCUUUUGAUGUUAGUAUUGCUUGCUUUAUAUUUUCUCUGAAGAUAUCAAAAUUCCUUUUGAUAAUUUUUUAAGUUUCCAGCUCUUCAUCAAAAUGUUAUAUUCUUAUUUCAGUGUUUCCUCCCAGACAUUUUUAAGGUAAUUGGCUUUAAAAAGAGAACACAUUUUAAGAAAGUUUAUGGACACUCUAAAAAAUAAAAUUGCUUUAUACUA